AUGUUUUCAUACCAAUCCCUUUCCCUCCUACCACCGAAAACCAUAUUAUCCGCCGCCGCAUCCCUCACCGCCUCCGCCCUCCUCCUUCGAACCAUCGCCGACGACCUCAUUCCCGCCGACAUCCAUCACUACUUCCGAAACCUCUUCAACCGCCUCUCCACCCAACUCACCGUCGUCAUUCAAGAAUCCGAUGGCCUCACCCCCAACCACCUCUUCCAAUCCGCCAAUCUCUUCUUGGCCACCAAGUUAUCUCCCACCACUCUCAGAAUCAAAAUCCAUAAACCCGAAAAAGACGACCAAUUCACCGUCACAGUCGAUCGCAACCAACCCAUCGUCGACGUCUUCCAAACCAUCCAAUGCAAAUGGAUUUUGCAAACCGAAUCGAUCGAGGUACGCGGUAAUCGGGACUCGAAUUCUCGAUCCGAACUUCGGUUUUUCGAGCUGAGUUUUCACAAGAAACAUAAGGAAACGAUUUUGAACAAAUACCUGCCUUAUGUAGUAAAAAAAGCCAAGGAGAUUAAGGAGGAAAACAAGACGGUAAAAUUGCAUACGGUGGAUUAUAGCGGAACCGAUUACUGGAGCUCGGUGGUUUUGAACCACCCGGCUACAUUUGAAACCAUGGCUAUGGAUGUAGAAAAGAAAGAAGAGCUUAUGGAGGAUGUUGAUAUGUUCAUUAAGAGGAAAGAUUAUUAUAGGAGGGUAGGGAAGGCAUGGAAACGAGGGUAUUUGUUUUACGGACCACCUGGGACCGGGAAGUCGAGUUUGGUUGCAGCCAUGGCUAACCGACUCAAGUUCGACAUCUAUGACUUGGACUUGAGGGAGGUGCAAUGCAAUUCUGAUCUCAGGAGAUUAUUGAUUGGCACAAAGAGUCGAUCUAUACUUGUGAUCGAGGACAUUGAUUGCAACAUAGGGUUGCAAAGUCGAGAAUUCAACAAGGAAACCGCAAAUACGGAUGACGAUAAGAUAACUUUAUCAGGGCUACUCAACUUCAUCGAUGGGCUGUGGUCGAGUUGUGGGGAUGAACGAAUCAUAGUGUUCACAACAAAUCACAAGGACCGUUUGGACCCAGCAUUGCUGCGGCCAGGUCGCAUGGAUGUGCACCUACAGAUGUCUUAUUGUGCAUAUGGUGGAUUCAAGAUACUUGCAUCUACCUAUCUACAAGUUAAAGAGGAGGAACAGUUGGGUUUAUUUCGAAGGAUCAAAGAGCUGUUAAACAAGGUUCAAGUGACACCUGCUGAGAUUGCAGGAGAGCUAAUGAAGAAGGGUGAGGAUGUCGAAAUCGUCCUUUCAAACCUCAUUCGAUGGCUCGAAAUGAAGGAAGCAGAGAUUAUGACUGCUAAAUCACCAUCUGUGCAUCAUUAAGAUCGUAGGGGUUAAUGGGUUUUAUAUGUUUGUGAUUUUUUGGAUGAUUAUACGUUGAUGGAACCUAUUUGUAGAGUACAGCAGUUAUACAGCAGUUGAUUGUUGCAAUGACAUCAAUAUGGAAUCAGAGCCUUUUGAUCA